AAUCGUUUAUCAGCUGUUAUUAUAAAUUUAAGCAAGACACUUUGUUCGUAUGUAGAUCAAACAUUUUAAAAUUAUUGUUCAGAAACAGAGAAUAUGUUGAAACUCUGCCGCCUAGAAGAAUGCAUGCAGCUGCGCAGCUCCCAAUGGUGGCCUCGUAAGCUCAGCAGCGGCGCCGAACCGGCACCGCCUGCAUCUGCCUUUGGCGGUUGGCAAAGGCCCUGCGGGGAGGAUACCGGCAUUCGCAUUUACAAUCAUAGUGUGCGCGGCAAAGUGCCGCUGGUGCUGCGCAAUCCCCAGAUGGUCACUUGGUACACCUGUGGUCCGACGGUGUACGACAAGACGCAUGUGGGGCAUGCUAGCACCUAUGUCAAGGUGGAUAUAAUACAGCGCAUACUGCGAGACCACUUUAAGUACAAUCUGGUGACGGCCAUGAAUAUUACGGACGUGGAUGACAAGAUCAUCAAGCGUAGCCGGGAGACAGGUCGCAAUUGGCUAGAGCUAGCACACGCCUACGAUGCAGAGUUCAAGGAGAACAUGACGUGGCUGAACGUGAAGCCGCCCAAUUUGCGCGCGCACGUAUCCGCAAAUAUUCCUGUCAUCCAGCGCUUCAUCGAUCAACUGCUAGUUAAUAAACAGGCUUACGUGGCCCAGGAUAAUUCUGUAUACUUUGAUGUAUCCAAAUAUGCGAACUACGGCAAGUUGGAGAAGAUUAGUAAAGAGGCGCAUGCGGUAGCGGAGAUGGGCAAGCGUAAUGCUGCGGACUUUGCGCUUUGGAAAGCGCAAAAGGAGGAGCACGAGCCCAGCUGGCCUGCGUCCUGGGGUGGCGCCGGACGACCUGGCUGGCAUAUUGAAUGUAGUGCUAUUGCCAGCAUGUUUUUCGGCAACAAAGUGGAUUUCCAUGCGGGUGGCCUUGAUUUGCGCUUUCCCCAUCACGAGAACGAGGAGGCACAAUGUUGUGCACACUUUAAGACCGAUCAAUGGGUCAACUACUGGCUGCAUACCGGUCAACUGCAUUUGCAAGGUGAGGAGCAGAAAAUGUCCAAAUCUUUGGGCAACACCGUAACCGUAGAGCAGCUGCUGCAAAAAUACACAGCGGAUGAGUUUCGCAUGGCCUGCCUGUUGUCCAACUAUCGCAACGCCAUGCAGUAUAGUGACCAGCUGAUGCUGACAGCACGGCAAACGCUGCGCAAAUUCAAGAACUUCCACGCCGAUCUCAGUGCUUACAUGCAGUUCCAGAAGCCGCUCAAGUUACUCGACCAGGGCGCGCUGCAGGCCCAGCUAAAGCACAUGGUUCAGGAGUUCGAUAAUAGCCUGCGCGAUGAUUUUGAUACGGCACGUUGCAUUGCCGUGCUGUUAGAUCAGAUGAGCAGCAUUAGUCGCUGCAUCAACGAGCAACAGGCAGAUGCACAACAGGAUCCGGCCCACUGUCUAGACCUGCUGCUGGCGGCGGGCAACUUUAUCAGCGUAGCCAUGCUUAACUUUGGCAUCAGUCCGCUGGCUGCGCUUAAGCAGCAACAGUUACAACCAGCAGAUGCCACAGCUCGCGUCGACAUCAAUGCGCUGAUUGCGGACGUCCUGGCCAUACGUUGCCAGCUGCGGGAGCAGGCUGUGAAUGGCAAUGUCAAGAACGUUGAAUUGUUGGCCCUAUGUGAUAGGCUACGUAAUCUCCUGCAACGACAUGGCUUCAGUGUUCGCGAUCACAAGAAGGGCAGCUCCUGGGUUUACAACCCGCAAAAGAGCGCCUCCAGUAGCAGAAACUAAAUUAGUAAUUGUAUAGUUGUCGAAUUGGAGUAUAACAUUAGCUGUCAUUUGAAAUAAGCCAGAAUAGUUUGUAACUUAUAGGUUAUAUAAAAAUCUUUAUUUCUUCA